GGGAGGGGGAAAGGUCCUGGAAGGGGGUAAUAAAUGUGACUGCUUGGGUCCUAGCAGGGAAAUAAAGAUGGAUGAUGGCGCAGCCCUUGGUGUGUCAAUGGACUCAGGUCCUGGCAGGACCCCAACUGUAUGACCCCGGAGGACCCCAACCCCCUCAACUCUAUGAUCCUGGUGGACCUCCCCCCUACAACUCUAUGACCCUGGAGGACCCCAACCCCCAUCUCUAUGACCCUGGAGGACCCCAACUCUAUGACCCCGGAGGACCCCAUCUCUAUGACCCCGGAGGACCUCCUCUCCCCCAUGUAUAUGACCCUGGAGGACCCCAACUCUAUGACCCUGGAGGACCCCAUCUCUAUGACCCUGGAGGACCUCCAACUGUAUGACCCCGGAGGACCCCCAACCCCCUAAACUGUAUGACCCUGGAGGACCCCAACCCCCAUCUCUAUGACCCUGGAGGACCCCAUCUGUAUGUCCCUGGAGGACCCCCAAAUUUAUGACCCUGGAGGACCCCCAACCCCCAACUCUAUGACCCUGGAGGACCCCCAACUCUAUGACCCUGGGAGAUCACCAACUCUAUGACUCUGGAGGACCUCCUUCCCCCGAACUCUAUGACCCUGGAGGACCUCCCCCCUCCAUCUCUAUGACCCUGGAGGACCCCAACCCCCCUUCUCUAUGCCCCUGGAGGACCCCCAACUGUAUGACCCUGGAGGACCCCCAUUUCUAUGCCCCUGGAGGACCCCAACUCUAUGCCCCCGGAGGACCCCAACUGUAUGACCCUGGAGGACCCCCAUUUCUAUGCCCCCGAAGGACCCCAACUCUAUGACCCUGGAGGACCUCCCCUCUACAACUCUAUGACCCUGGAGGACCCCACCCCCCAUCUCUAUGCCCCUGGAGGACCCCAACUCUAUGACCCUGGAGGACCUCCGCCCGGUCCUCCCAUCCUCCUCCCCCUAUAGAAACACCCAACCAAGCCCAUGAAAAACUCCUUUAUUCCCGCCACCCUUUCGCUAAUUAACCCCGCUAAUUAAGAGCGGGGGAACCUCUGGAACUCCCGUUGUUCCUUCCGGAAGAGCUGGGCCAGGAUAUGAUCCGCCGUGGCCUUGAAGUAUUGGUUCAUCCGAAGGGUCUUCAGCUCCUAUAGGGAAAAUGGGGGUGGCUACCAAAUAUGGGGCCGUGGCUACCAAAUAUGGGGGCCGUGGCGACCAUAUAUGGGCCUUUGGCUACCAAAUAUGGGGCUGUGGCUACCAAAUGGGGCCUAUGGGGGUCCGAUAUGGGGCCGUGGCUACCAAAUAUGGGGCCGUGGCUACCAAAUAUGGGGCCGUGGCCACCAAAUGGGGCCUAUGGGGGUCCAAUAUGGGGCCGUGGCUACCAAAUAUGGGCCUUUGGCUACCAAAUAUGGGCCUUUGGCCACCAAAUGGGGCCUAUGGGGGUCCAAUAUGGGGCCGUGGCUACCAAAUAUGGGGCCGUGGCCACCAAAUGGGGCCGAUGGGGGUCCAAUAUGGGGCCGUGGCUACCAAAUAUGGGGCCGUGGCUACCAAAUAUGGGCCUUUGGCUACCAAAUAUGGGGCCGUGGCCACCAAAUGGGGCCGAUGGGGGUCCAAUAUGGGGCCGUGGCUACCAAAUAUGGGGCCGUGGCUACCAAAUAUGGGCCUUUGGCUACCAAAUAUGGGGCCGUGGCCACCAAAUGGGGCCGAUGGGGGUCCAAUAUGGGGCCGUGGCUACCAAAUAUGGGGCCGUGGCCACCAAAUGGGGCCUAUGGGGGUCCAAUAUGGGCCUUUGGCUACCAAAUAUGGGGCCGUGGCCACCAAAUGGGGCCUAUGGGGGUCCAAUAUGGGGCCGUGGCUACCAAAUAUGGGCCUUUGGCUACCAAAUAUGGGGCCGUGGCCACCAAAUGGGGCCGAUGGGGGUCCGAUAUGGGGCCGUGGCUACCAAAUAUGGGGCCGUGGCUACCAAAUAUGGGGCCGUGGCCACCAAAUGGGGCCGAUGGGGGUCCAAUAUGGGGCCGUGGCUACCAAAUAUGGGGCCGUGGCCACCAAUUGGGGCCUCUGGGGGUCCAAUAUGGGGCCGUGGCUACCAAAUAUGGGGCCGUGGCCACCAAAUGGGGCCGAUGGGGUCCAAUAUGGGGCCGUGGCUACCAAAUAUGGGGCCGUGGCUACUUAAUAUAUAGCUGCCAAAAAGGGAUCCAUUGGACCCCAUAUUGACACACCGCUGCCAAAUGGUGAGCCAUUCAUCCCAAUAGAGACCCAUGGCUGCCAAAUAAUGAGCCAUUUAACCCAAUAGAGACCCAUGGCUGCCAAAUAGGGAUCCAUUUAACCAAAUAGAGACCCAUCUCUGCCAAAUUGGGAUCCAUUUAACCCAAUAGAGACCCAUAGCUGCCAAAUAAUGACCCAUUUAACCCAAUAGGGACCCAUGGCUGCCAAAUAGUGACUCAUUGGACCCAAUAGAGGCCCAUCUCUGCCAAAUAGAGACCCAUGGCUGCCAAAUAAUGACCCAUUUAGCUCAAUAGAGACCCAUCGCUGCCAAAUAAUGAGCCAUUUUACCCAAUAGAGACCCAUCUCUGCCAAAUUGGGAUCCAUUUAACCCAAUAGAGACCCAUCUCUGCCAAAUAAUGACCCAUUUGACCCAAUAGAGACCCAUCGCUGCCAAAUAAUGACCCAUUCAUACCAAUAGAGUCCCCUGGCUGCCAAAUAGGGAUCCAUUGAUCCCAACGGAGACCCAUAGCUUCCAAAUAAUGACCCAUUUGACCCAAUAGAGACCCAUGGCUGCCAAAUAGGGAUCCAUUACUCCCAAUAGAAACCCAUAGCUGCCAAAUAGUGCCCCAUUUGACCCAAUACAGCCCCAUCGCUGCCAAAUAGUGACCCAUUUGACCCAAUAGAGACAGAUGGCCGCCAAAUAAUGACCCAUUACUCCCAAUAGAGCCCCAUAGCUGCCAAAUAGUGACCCAUUUGACCCAAUAGAGCCCCAUAGCUGCCAAAUAGUGACCCAUUUGACCCAAUAGAGCCCCAUAGCUGCCAAAUAGGGAUCCAUUACUCCCAAUAGAGACCCAUUGCUGCCAAAUAGAGACCCAUUUAACCCAAUAGAGACCCAUCACUGCCAAAUAAUGACCCAUUCAACCCAAUAGAGUCCCCUGGCUGCCAAAUAGCGAUCCAUUGAUCCCAAUGGAGACCCAUAGCUGCCAAAUAAUGACCCAUUUGACCCAAUAGAGACCGAUGGCUGCCAAAUAAUGACCCAUUACUCCCAAUAUAGCCCCAUCGCUGCCAAAUAAUGACCCAUUUAACCCAAUAGAGACCAAUGGCUGCCAAAUAGUGACCCAUUUAACCCAAUAGAGACCCAUGGCUGCCAAAUAGGGAUCCAUUACUCCCAAUAGUGACCCAUGGCUGCCAAACAGGGACCCAUUUGACCCAAUAGAGACCCAUCUCUGCCAAAUAGAGAUCCAUUACUCCCAAUAGAGAUUCAUAGCUGCCAAAUAAAGACCUAUAGCUCCGAGUAGAGACCCACCGCUGCCAAAUAGUGACCUAUUCAUCCCAAUAGAGCCCCAUAGCUGCCAAAUAGUGACCUAUUCAUCGCAAUAGAGACCCAUAGCUGCCAAAUAGAGAUCCAUUACUCCCAAUAGAGACCCCUGGCUGCCUAAUAGUGGCCCAUUACUCCCAAUAGAGACCCAUGGCUGCCAAAUAGGGAUCCAUUUAACCCAAUAGAGACCCAUGGCUGCCAAAUAGGGAUCCAUUACUCCCAAUAGAAACCCAUAGCUGCCAAAUAGUUCCCCAUUUGACCCAAUAGAGCCCCAUAGCUGCCCAAUAGGGAUUCAUUUAACCCAAUAGAGACCCAUGGCUGCCAAAUAAUGAUCCAUUUGACCCAAUAGAGCCCCAUAUCUGCCAAAUAGUGACCCAUUUGACCCAAUAGAGCCCCAUAGCUGCCAAAUAGGGAUCCAUUACUCCCAAUAGAGACCCAUUGCUGCCAAAUAGAGACCCAUUUAGCCCAAUAGAGACCCAUGGCUGCCAAAUAGUGACCCAUAAGUCUCCAUACAGCCCCAUAGCUGCCAAAUAAUGACCCAUAGCUCCCAAUAGUGACCCAUGGCUGCCAAAUAAUGAUCCAUUUAACCCAAUAGACACCCAUGGCUGCCAAAUAGGGAUCCAUUACUCCCAAUAGAGACCCAUGGCUGCCUAAUAGUGGCCCAUUACUCCCAAUAGAGACCCGUCUCUGCCAAAUAGGGAUGCAUUUAACCCAAUAGAGACCCAUAGCUGCCAAAUAGUGACCCAUUCAUCCCAAUAGAGACCCAUCUCUGCCAAAUAGUGACCGAUUUCUCCCAAUAGAGAUUCAUAGCUGCCAAAUAAAGACCUAUAGCUCCGAGUAGAGACCCAUCGCUGCCAAAUAGUGACCUAUUCAUCCCAAUAGAGCCCCAUAGCUGCCAAAUAGUGACCUAUUCAUCGCAAUAGAGCCCCAUAGCUGCCAAAUAGAGAUCCAUUACUCCCAAUAGAGACCCAUGGCUGCCAAAUAGAGAUCCAUUACUCCCAAUAGAGACCCCUGGCUGCCUAAUAGUGGCCCAUUACUCCCAAUAGAGACCCAUGGCUGCCAAAUAGGGAUCCAUUUAACCCAAUAGAGACCCAUGGCUGCCAAAUAGUUCCCCAUUUGACCCAAUAGAGCCCCAUAGCUGCCCAAUAGGGAUUCAUUUAACCCAAUAGAGACCCAUGGCUGCCAAAUAAUGAUCCAUUUGACCCAAUAGAGCCCCAUAGCUGCCAAAUAGUGACCCAUUUGACCCAAUAGAGACAGAUGGCCGCCAAAUAAUGACCCAUUACUCCCAAUAGAGCCCCAUAGCUGCCAAAUAAUGAUCCAUUUGACCCAAUAGAGCCCCAUAGCUGCCAAAUAGUGACCCAUUUGACCCAAUAGAGCCCCAUAGCUGCCAAAUAGGGAUCCAUUACUCCCAAUAGAGACCCAUUGCUGCCAAAUAGAGACCCAUUUAACCCAAUAGAGACCCAUCACUGCCAAAUAAUGACCCAUUCAUCCCAAUAGAGUCCCCUGGCUGCCAAAUAGCGAUCCAUUGAUCCCAAUAGAGACCCAUAGCUGCCAAAUAGGGAUGCAUUUAACCCAAUAGAGACCCAUCGCUGCCAAAUAGUGACCCAUUCAACCCCACGGCUCACCU